AUGGUUCGCGGCGCUGCAGUGGGCGCACACGGCACUCCGAAGCGCAAGCCCGCCGCUGCCACGAUCCGCCGGCCCGCCGCAGCGACUCCGAACAUUCCCGUGAAGAUCAAGUUCCGUAAGUUCAGCCAGAAGAAGCGGAACAAGCGGAGUUCGCAGGAGCGGUCGAAGAAGAGUUUGGCGAUGGCCCGCAAGGCGAGGGCAGCGUGGAAGCGCAAGAGGGCGGCCCUGGAGCGCACCGGCGUUUUCUACACUCCGACCGAGCAGAAAGGCGCUGAUACGGUGCGUCGCGGGCGGGUUGCCAAGGCGGAGCGGUGGACGUUUGACGAGAUACUUGCCGUGGACGACGCGGCCGCUUACUGGAUGCUCGUGAAGACCGGUUUCCUCCAGGACCUCCGCAACGCGGAAUGCGCAGGCUGCCAGUGGCCCUUGGGUAAGACGUACUUCCGCGGCAAGCGUCGCCCUGGGGUGCAGUGCUACAGGCGCGGUUGCCGCGAGUUUAACAGGGCAACAUUUGGGACUUGGGCAGACCACGAGAUCCCAAUGAAGAAGCUCGCCGCCUUGGCGUGGCUCGCAAGCGGGCAAUUGACAUGUCAGAUACAUGAGGAUGACGCAGCGCAGCUGACAGGAGUGGCGCACAGGACUUGCGAGGAGGUCUUUGACGCCUUGCGCGACGUCAUUGCUAUCGGCAGUAAGAUGGAGCAGCGCGAUGUCGUGUUCUCUGGGCAGUGCGAGGUGGAUGCUGCGACUCUGCGCACCGUGACGCUCAACAAUGGCCGGCUGCUCCAUGUCCGCUACUUCGGCAUGUCCCGCCGCGGAGAUCGAAAGUCCACGGUGAUAUACCCGCUCCCUUUGUACACCACGCCGAAAGGGGGGAAGACCAGGCCCGAGAGCAUCGCCGAGACGGAGGACCUCAUGAUCAAACACACUGCCGGCGGCAACGCGGUCAUCUGGCACUCUGAUGGUGCCCGCGUGCUCGCGUGCUGCGGGGGCACGGAGCUCCAGGAUGGUUUGUGGAAGCACCUCGAGCGCAGGAUCCCGACGCAGCUCCGCGCGAUCGACAGUCUCUCCACUGGGGCGUUGGAGAAAUGGGCUCACGAGUGGGCUUGGAGGCACCGCCGCGGGGACCAGGCGUGCCUCUUCAGUGAGCUCGGGCUGACGGUCAUGCACGCCAGGAUGAACGGGGACGCGUGGUGA